AUGGCCCUCGUGACGGCCGAUGCCAUCCCCCGUGGGGUGAACGAGGAGCUCAACAGACAGUUGGCAGAAGUCUGGCUGGAUAUGGGCCAGCAGAUUAAAAAAUACGCAGACUUGUGGCGUAUGGAGUACGACGAGAACUUGAAGGCCGAGCAAGUGCAGGCCAACUUGGAAAGAAUAGAAACUGGGCACCGCAAGAAAGGCGAGAAAUGGGCCAAACUCAAGGAAGUCUUUGACCGCACCCUUACUGCCAUUGCAACGGUGGGUGAUAUGGUGGCCAGCGCCGCAUCUCAGGUGUUUGCCCCGGCUGGACAAUGCUAUAAUGCCCUCAGCUUUAUCAUCCAUGCGUAUAAAAACUACCAGAGCGCUUUUGCGUCACUCCAUGAAGUUUUCUCACAAUGCCUCGAAUAUUUGGGCCGCUUGUCCCGCUACGCGCAGGGCAACCAAAUGACUGCCGGCCUGACUAAAUUGUCCUGUGAUGUUUUGAAGCACUUCGCAAAGGUGUGCACGAAAGCAUUGCGCAUCCGGAGUGAUCGCCUGUUUCGGAUCAAAACGAUGGCCAAGGGCGCGUUCCUUGACAUUAAUGAGUUUACUGAGAUGCUGGGAACCAUGGAGAAUCUCACCAAAAAAGAAAGCAUGGAAGUCGCGCUCGCUACUCUGGAGACCACGCGAGAGGCCAGGGAUUUCGCCAAAGCCAAUCACAAUAUCUUGGAACAGGGCGAGAGCGAGCGAGCCAAGGAGAAAAGGGACAAGAAAGACAGAAGACUUCUCCUCGAGACCCUCAGCUUUGAGAUGACCGACGACAAAUGGAAUAGCAUCGAGUACGCCCCUAUUCCAACCUGGGGAACGACUUGGCAAAGAAUCCACAAUCAUCGCGUGGAUGGCACUGGCCAGUGGGCGCUUCAGAGCCCGAGAUUCAAGGCCUGGGCGAAGGAGGAUGGAGAUGAACCCAUCCUAGGGAUUGUUGGUCCAGAAGCCUCGGGCAAGAGCUUCGUAUCUUCCACCAUUAUCAGUCAUUUGCGGGCCAGUGCACCGGACAAAGGGAGCAACUCCAGAAAUCUCGUGGCAUUCUAUUUUCUGGAUAGCAAGAAUGCCACUUCGAACAUUGACAUGUACAAAGCGAUUAUCUGGCAAUUCGCUGCCAGCGACGCAUCAUAUAUGCAAUCCGCAGCUACGACGUGCGACGGGAGACACAUUGAGGCCAACCACCUGUUGACUCGGCUUCUCCUUGAUAAUCACGAAGAGUUGAGUAACGUCAACGCAACCUUUUAUAUCGUGAUCAACAAGCUUGGCGACAAGAAUGGCUUUGUUCACGAGGGCGUUCUACACUUCCUCCAGAAGCUUAGGAAACUCAAGAAAAGCUCUGUUCGGGUUGCCUUCACGGCCACACCGCAGACGAUCGACGAGCUGAGAAAGCAUGACAUCCACUGUCCAACAAUUUCCAUGCAAGACAACAAGAAGGAUCUGGAGCUGUACAUUGAUUACCGCUUAGACAGAAUGCGUGGUCUAUCAGACAGAGGAGACAACCAAGUACUCAGGAUUCGCAAAGAGGUGCAGUCCAAAUUACAAAACCGACCCCAGAGGAACUAUUACACCAUCAGCAACAUUCUCGACGAGGUUAGCUCCUUGGAUCUUGACAAGGAUAUCUUCAAGGCUCUGGAUGGUCCAACGAAGACUCUCAGCCAGAACGUCAGGGCUGAUAUCGCGGAGCUGAAUAGAAGUCGUAAAUCUCAUGAAUUGGGAGAGAUCAACGAAAUUAUCCUGUGGAUCACGUUCGCCCGCGAGAAGAUGACAGCCGAGAAGAUGAACGCAGUGCUGCAGUUCCACAAUAAGGCCGUCUCAUUGCUUCGUCUGGAGGAUCGACUGAGGAAGUUUUUGCUAUUUGAGAUUGACAAUGACGGGCUUGUCGAUUUCCGAUCGGAAAGUAUGCUGGACUACAUUCCUAUGCGAGCCACCAAGGCGAAAACUCGUCAGGAUCAGAAUGAGGUGGUGAACCCGAGCGAGAUUGGCAUUCUCAAUCAUUUUCUCGGCAACGUCUGCCCCCCGGGGCUCAUCGACAAGCUCCAGCUGAAAGCGCAUUUCGAGAAGAUCUUGACCCCACAAGAGGAGAUUUUCCAAGAAGACCCCAAUACAGCCAACUUCAGGCUCGCUCGCGUAUGCAUCUUUGUGUUGGCCAACGAAGAAGGUCAAAACCUGCGCAUCUUGCGAGGAUAUGCAGCCCGCCAGCUUGUUGGCCACAUGGCCAAUGUGAACAACCUCGCGAUGAUUGAUUCAAAGUGGAAACGCGGGGUUGGUAGUGAUCUGCUAAAACUAUUCCGCACUGGCUAUGCUAUCGACAAUCUUCUAUGGGCAAAGAAGCAGCAUCCAGAACUCCCGCCCUGGAUAUUCGACGAAAAGACGAUCGACCUCAUUUGUUCAUGGCUCAAAUAUCUUUCCUCCGUUGAAAUGCUGGACGAUGACUGGCUUCAGCAAGUGAUGCAUGACGGACAUGUGCCUAUGGAGACUAUGGUGGAGGGCAUCUUCGCUCGAAUGGCGCAAUAUUGCUUCCGAAUCGAGGCCUCGAAGAAUGACACACUCGCUGCACUCGAAAUAGUUUCCAAACUAGUCUCUAAGUCUGUGGAGGACCCAACUCUGGAGCACAUUGAAGACUGGUGCCAGAAAAAGCUCGGAGUUGCAAAGAAAAAUUCAAUCUGGCAUUCCCAGAUGGCUCUGCUAUAUUUCUUGAACGGUAAGAAGGACCAGGCUGCAAGUCGAUGUCGAGAGGCACUCCACAUGGACGAUAAGAACUGGCGAGCGUCCCUAGUCAAAGCUCAACUCAGCGAAUCCAAUGACAAGCGCCGUCGGAUCCUGAAGGAUCUUUACCGACGUUGCGAGAAAGAUGUGGAAUGGAUGAAAGAGCACAAAGAGUUCCUUUCUGAUAUGGCCGAGCCUGUUGGCCAUGCCUACUGGGAAGAUGGAAACUUUGACAAGGCAGCCGUGUGGUACUCAGCUUGUGUGGAGCAUGGCGCCGACCGAUACACGACUGUGGUUUCCAUUCUGGAAAGAUAUGACAACGGGGCACGAUGGAACGACAUCAUAGAAUUGCUACGCAAGAUGCACUCGCAAUCGCAUUUGGGUCCAAUGUUCGUCCAUAAAGCUCGGGCCGAGGAGCUACAUACGGCCGUUCUGCACGCUGCAGUUGGCGAACAGAACUUUGACUUUCUUGAUGAGGUAUACGAUCCUGUGAUAGAGUAUGCCAGGCAAAACCAGUGGUACGGGGCCUUGUUUUAUCUUCGCGAAGCCUAUGCUAGCGCUCGUUCCGCAAAGCCAUCCGACUCCAACGCAAACGUGCUGGAGUUGCUGGAAGCGGCCGCAGCAGAUGUUGUCUAUACAGAUGAGGAUCCGGCUUCCGCCUUCUUCCGCGUUGGCUAUCGAUUGGGAGCAAUCUACCUGCGAAACGCCACAAAUGCUAGGGACGCUCACAAGAUGGCCGAGGCAGAGAUGUGGCUGGGCAAGAUGAGCAGCAUCAUACCUGAACAAGUCAAAGAAACCCAAAUGCGCCUCCCGCUCAGCCUCUAUGCUGCACGGUAUCACCGCAUCGCUGAAAACGAGGCCGCAGCCUUGAGAGCAGCCCAUAACACGUUGCAAAUGGCCACGGAGCUUUUGUCGGACGGCGACCCUACCAACGACAUGUUCGCCUUCCAGAAGAUCCUCUAUGCUAUGAUCCCAUUCAAAGACGAGCGGAAUGCCACCACCGCCCUUGCCAUGAUGAAGAUUGCGAGCCCAGCUGGCAGGUUCUCGAUCCCUUGUUCCUGCAAGUGCGGCCAUAUAUGGCUGUCGCCUGGGGAGAUGUGGUGGUGCAUGGAUUGCAUCAACGUGGUUUUGAGGGAAGAAUGCCGCCAGAACGUCAAGGAUAAAAACAUCUGUCGCAGCACGCAUGAGGGCUUUACGAUCCCUAAAUUGGAUGAAACUUUGCUGAAAACUGUCCCCAAGGACCAUGUGCCGUGGGACGGUAAAUUCAUCCAUAUGGACAAGUGGAGGAGUAAGAUCGCCCACGACUAUCGCUUGAAGAAAACGUGA